AUUACUAUAUCAAGUUUAAAGUGCCUGUAACUUUCAUAAAAUUUGGUAGACUAUUAUAAAUUAGGCGACAAAUAAGUAAUUCCAAUCGUAUUGCCACCUAUUAUUUAUCUUCACAUUUUGUUCUAGUAUUGUUUCUGAUUUUUGUGGUGGUGGUUUUGAAGACGUCUAUGAUUGUAUAUUUAUAAUGAUAUCUCUUCGUGCCGUAUCUAUUGCAAGAAGCAUGACCCGAUCCGCUUUGAUGUCGUCUGCAUGCACCCAACAAGACACAAUCAGGUCUCCAAGGCAGCAGAAACGAGUAUUUUCAUUAAAUUCAAUUAACAUGGUUGACCCAAGAAGAGUUGUGAGUUUUGAUGAUAUAUCAAAAUAUACACAGCAGUCGGACAAAGUAAUCAUUGAUGUCCGUAAUCCUGAUGAGAUAGCCAGCACUGGAAAAAUACCAUCAAGCAUCAAUAUUCCAUUGGACAAUGUUGAGCCUGUAUUAAAAUCAAUGUCAGAUGAACAGUUCAGACGGCAUUAUCAGCGCAAUAAACCCCAGCCUUCCAGUGAAUUGAUAUUUUACUGCAAGUCGGGCAGACGGGCUUGUCAAGCCCUAGAUACAGCACUCCAGCUUGGAUAUUCAAAUUCAAAAACUUAUGUUGGAAGCUGGGACGAGUGGUCAAGCAAAUCAUCGGGACAGAAAUGAGUUAUAAAUUGCAAGAUCUAUGUUUUAAGUCACAUAAGUUUUAAUAAAUCACAUUUCAAAUACAUAGUUAUGGCACCCUCCAGAAAUAUAUUGUGCAAUAUUAGUAUUACUAAAUAAAUGGUACUUUUAUAUCUCUUCUAGUCA